UUUUUCUUCUUUUUCUUUUUUGGAACCAUUACUCAUUUUCCCUCUUUCCUUCUUUUUUUCUUUUCCAUCUUCCUACCAUUAUGACUUCAUCAAAGUCACAGACAUGUUGUCGAUUCAUUCCACUUAGUACUGGUGUACUUAUUAUCACUAUCUUCGGUAUCCUCAACAAAUUAUCUGGUUUUUAUGGAAUUAUAUCGUUCGAUUUCUCGGAUCCUGUAGCAUUUGCUGUUUAUAUCUAUUCUUUAUUGGCAGUCUUGAUUUGUGCUUAUGGUCUUUAUGGUUUACAUACGAUGAACAUUGAUAUAGUGCGUUGGUAUACGAUAUUCUAUUGGGUGGAUUGUUUUAUCAGUACAGCAACUACGAUAUGGUUUGCCACCAAAUGGUAUGCGUUUACCGACCAUAGUUUACCUGAAUUAGCCGAUAAUCCUAUCAAACAGAAAGAACAUGAUGAUGUAUUCAGAAUGGAAAGCAUUGUCAGCAUAUGCUUAUUGGUUGUACUACGAUUGAUCCAUUUUUACUUCGCCAUUGUCAUUACUAGUUAUUAUCGUUCUAUGGGUCAUCGUUAUUCUAAGUUAUCCAUUGAUCGUGAUUUCGAAUAGUUGUUUUCUUUUUUUUUUUAAUAUAGAAUAUUUAGUUUUUAUUCAUAGUAUACCAUUCUCGCCUUACAAAAUAC